AUGGCGCUCUAUGCGGAGCAGUUGCCACCAACACCUUCCAUAAGCCCAGUUUACCAGGUGCGAAAGGUAUGGUUCGGACCAGGAGAUCGGCCACGGGAGACGCGGGACUCCGCAGCUCGAACGACCGCCAUCAGCGGAGCCGUGCUGGCCUCGUUGCAAGGCAUGCGGAGCACACGAGGAGUGCCACGUCCAUCAACAGAAUCUCCGACGCGCCAGAGAAUCAGGGCUCGGCGUUACACUUCUGUGGAUUGGAUUGCGAAUCUUAGAGGUCUUGGUACAUCUAAUCUUUUGCGGCGCAUUCUUGGUCCUGUUGUUUGUACAACUUCAGUGGCAGUCAUAGUCUUCCUGGCGAGCGCUUUGCUAAUGCCUCAGGGAAAGUUCUUGCACGCUAGUACAACUGGACACGCGCUCUUGGUCUCGGCGUUGGGCCUGCUCUUGGUCUUCCGAACAAACACGGCCUAUUCGCGGUUUUGGGAGGGCCGGCAAAUCUGGCAGCAAAUCCUGGAUAAUGGCAGGAACCUGGCUCGUGCAGCCAUCUUGUGGAGAGAGGAGAUGGGAUCCCAGACCUCAGCACACAUAUGCCGUUUAGUGCAAGCAUUUCCAUACUGCAUGAUUGAGCACCUUCGUAGCAAGAAGGACAAAGCUAUGCGAUCGAAGCUGGAACGACUUAUUGGUCCCAAGGGUGAACUUGCCUGCAAUCCUCAAUCGGAGUACAGCUUGCCACUUUCCUCCAAUCGACCACUCUUUAUUGUCAACCAGCUGGCCUAUGCGAUUAGGGAGGUCCCGAAUGGCACAGGCGACAAGGCUUUGUAUACAAAUCGAGAGCGAUCAUGGCUCAUGCAAAACCUGGAAAAGCUUAGUGCUACGAUUGGAGCUUGUGAGCGCCUCGUACAGACACCUGUGCCCUUGAGUUACGUGCGACACACAUCGCGAUUCCUGUCGUUAUUUAUGCUCACGCUUCCGUUUGCUUUAGUCGAUGUCCUGGGGCCGUAUACAAUUCCAGUCACGUGUUUUGCAAGUUGGGCCCUUUUCGGAAUUUUCGAGAUUGGCUUGGUCAUUGAGGACCCAUUUCAGGGCGUCCUCAAGGUUGAAGUCAUUGCAGAGACCUUGCAGGCGGACAUUGAGGAAUGCAUCCGAAGUCUUGGUGCCUUAGACUUGCUGGAUGCGGGUGCUUUGGGCAAAGAGGUGAAGCGGAGCGAUGCCUCCAGCUCCAGCUAUGCCCCGUCCCGUGAAUUGCCCUCUACUGGCGAAGAACUCUCUGUUGCUCGGGCAGCUUCGAUGGCCGAAGACACAGUGCAGGACGGCUCGGUCGAUACCUUCAAGCCGCCGGAGUUGACGAAUGGCCGCGGUCGUUUGAGAGAUGUGAAAGAAAUGAAUGAGGAAAAACGCAAGCCACAAGUCUUGCUCGAGAUCUUUCAAUCCUAUGAUGUGAACGGAGACCAGGCCAUUGACAAGAAAGAAAUGCAGAAGGUUUUGCAGGACAGUGCGGCCGACAUGGAUGUCCCGUCCGACUGUAUCGAUGUGAUCUUUGACGAAGCCGAUUCAGAUGGUGAUGGGCUGCUCACACAGGCAGAAUGGUGCGCUUGGGCAGAAGCGUGCCUUGAUCGUGCUGAAAUAGCAGACCUAGUGCUGCGUAUGCCCAGCUCGCCUCUUUUGCCAGCUGAUAGCCAUGACGAUACCUGGGACGCAGAGGAAAAAGAUGAGGAGCCGCAAGAACAGGAGGAGCUGCCACCACUGCCAGAGGAAAAGACGGAGCAGCGCAAACGGAAGCUCGGGCAGGCUGGCGGAAGCCGACGGCUGCUGGUGCUUGACGAUGGAGUGAAGCUAGGGGAUGCGAGCGCAGAGGAUCGGGGGCAGCUCGCGGGAAGGGACUGGACCAACGGUCGAACCCUGGAGGACCAGUUGGUGCAAAAAAAACUGUGGGCUGAGGAAUCUGUGGAUCUGGUCUUGGAGAGCAGGCGGCAGCUGUUUGGGGUGGCUCCAUGUGUGUCGUGGGCCACGACCCCGAGCAAUGAUGCUGCUGCGUGGCUGAGCAUGGAGGGAUUUGCUGUGGUGGCCUGUGGCGAGAGCUUCGUGCUCCCCGGUGGGCAGACCCCGAGGAGUGUGGACAGGAUUGUUGCGGCGGCCCUAGAGCAACCCGGGAACGCGGCCGCAGAGACGGACAGGGCGCUGCCCAUCAGUGUUGCGGUCGGCGCUGAAGACAGGGCCGCGCCCACGGUCCAUGAUCAUCUCGCGGGAAGUGCCCGUCGUGGCUUCGGAAAAGAGGGCUCGGUGCUGCAGCCGGGGCGGAACAGGACGUCCUGCGGGGCAAUCUAUUUGUUCUCAGAGCUUGGUGGCAAGGCUGAGAGGAAGGGCCAUGGGCAGCAUGACGGGCAUUGGUUUGUGGCACAGGCGCAGCAACAGAGGAUCUGCGACACCGGAGCUGGAAGAAUGGAUUCGCGGGAGAUCCGAAGCGGGUCGGAGAGACCAUCUGCUUCCGAUCCGGAGGAUGACAAAGCCGACAAGGAUAAGGAGCUCAUGAAGACUUUAGCUGACAAACGCCGCGCUGAAAAGAAGGAAGAAGAGGAGGAGCGAGCUCGGCAACAGUUCGAACGUGCCCAGGAGAAAUUGCGGCUUCUAGAAAAGCGCGCUCGGGAGCGUGAGAGGAUGGAGGAAGAGGAGCGGCAAGAGCAACUCCGAGCCUUGCGAGGGGAGACACGUCCACCUAGAGAUCAGCCAGAAGAAGUGCAGAUCGAGGCGGAAGCUUUGCCUGUUUAUGAGGCUGCGCCGCGUGUGGAGGAAGUCGAAGCUCCUGCUCCACGCGUGCGGGAGGCCCCGCGCAUGGAGAUCCAUGUUCCAAUGCCGGAGGCACCAGCUCCACAGGUGGAGGUCAAUGUGCCAAUGCCUGAGGUUCAGCAGCCUUGCGAGAUGCCUGCAGCUGCUCGGAGGUUGCCACCACCUCCCAUGCAGCAACCCCCUCCACCCUCAGUUCAGGUGCGUCAUGCUCCGAGAGUGUCGGCCCCUGCUUCCAGCUCGGUCUGGGGAGACACUUUCCCUGCGCCUGCGGUGACUAGUCCUUCAAUCAGCGGACACUUUCCGGAUCUUGGUGGUGUGCCUGCGCAGUCCAAAAAGGACAAGCAGAAAGCCGCAUAUGCGAACUUGGCCGAACCCAAAGCUGCGCAAAGUUGGGGCCAAGCUCACCGAGCACCACCGACCUUCACUUUGCAGGAGCUAGCGAAGCCUGCGAAGAAAGGACGAAGUGCCAAGGUCUUCUCUGGAAAGGCCGAGUUGCCGCAGGAAAGGGAUGAGCAUCCGGAUCAUCUCGAGCCGGAACAGCAAGGGCUGUCUGCCAGUUCAGAAAUGCCCCAAGGUGUUUUCCAUCGUCCCAUGGAGCAUGAUGCUCCGCAUGCUCCGCUUGAGCGCCCGAUGGAGCGUCCAAUGGAUCGCCGGCAAGAAGGUCUCUGGGAGGAGCAUUCCAGACCUGUGCGACAAGGUCAGAGAGAAUGGGACCGCCCAAGAGGAAAGCGUGAAGGCCAACCAUUUGAGAUGGAUCGGCCAAGGCAGCGGCGUGGCGAAGGACGCGACGUGCGGCCUGAGCGGCGAGAGCGUGUACCACGGACAGAGAUCCGCUUGGAGAAGCGCGACGAUGGAAGCCGGCGAGAUCGAGAUGAAAAGGAUGCUGCGGCAGAGGCAUCACCUACCCACGAUCAGGAGGAGGACGAGGUCAAGGCGACCUUCAAGAUCGAUCCACAGAAACCUGUCCGCAUCCUUCAGAAGUCGCCUGAAGAGAAGGCCAAGGAAAAGGCGCAAGAGCAAGCGACACGAAGAGAUGCAGAACAUAUCGAGGUCUCUGUGGGCAAGGGCAAAUCGGCAAAGGGUGGCAAGACCCAAAAGGGAAAAGCAAAGGGCCGUGGACGUGGGCCGCGGGUGCUUGGCGAGGAUUCAGAUGUGGAAUGGUCAGAAGCUUCUGAUUCCGAGGAGGAGAAGCAGAAAGAAGGUCCAUCGGCGGAGGUCGUCCUCGUCUCCUCAGAGGAAGAGUCCGAAGAAGCGGUCUCCUAUCCAAAGGGCAAGGCGAAGGGUAAGGGCAAGAACAAAGGCAAAGACAAAAAGGGCUCCGGCAAGAAAGGAUGGGUCCGUGUGGAGCGGGAGGAAAAGAAACAAGAGGUGGACGAGGAGGACCAGGGGGUUGACGAGAGGAAGGAGAUUGAGGCACGCUUGAAGGACUCCCGCAAAGUCAUGGAGUCACGUGCUUUGGCAAGGGCCGAAGCUGACCGACAGCGCCGGCUGCUACGGGAGAAGGCUGCAGCUCCUGAGCCUGAAAAGUUUGAGACGCCCGAGUCCAGCCCACCUGGCACGCCCAAGGAAGAAUCUGUGGAAGAUCCUCAGGAAGAGUUCCAAGAGAUGGAGGAGACUCCUGAAGAGAUUCAAAAGCCCGACGAGGUGUCGGUGCAAGAUGAGAUGCCCCAAGAGGAUCUGAACGAAGAGGAUGAUGAGCCAGAGCAACAGGAGGAAGAAGGUGACGCCGGAUCGCCUAUCUCCAAAGAGGAGGCAGAGGCGGAAGAGGCGGAAGAGGCAGAAGAGGUGGAAGAGGCGGCAGACGAAGAUGAAGAUGAUGAGGAGCUACCAAUGACAAAAGGAAGAAUUAGCCAGGAGGCGAUGGGACGGCUCAACCCCGUUGCAGAUACAGGGCUUGCGUUGGGCAUUGGCAUGGUUGCCGUGCAGGGAGAGGAGCAAGAGGUCGACUCUGACGACCUCCUGGACUUUGAGACUGUCAAGAACAAGACUGAGCGCAAGGCAGAGAAGCAAACCCAGCGCCGGGUGAAGGAGGAGCAUGCCUCGCGAGCAGCUAUUCGCAAAGAGGCACAAAGACAGCGUGAGCUACGUGCCAAGGAGCAGCGUGAGUCCAAGGAGCAGGCCGAGGCCGCAGCCGCAGCGAGCGAGGCUGCCAAGCCCAAGGCAGCUGCACCCAAGCACGAGAUGAUCAAGCUGUCAGAUUUGAGGCGAAGCCAAAGGGAAGAAGAAACUUUGGAUGAUGUCAGCGCUCCGAUCUAUGAGGUGCAGACAAACAUGAUCUACGAGGUCCAGGCACCACCAUGCUAUGAGGCCCCAUACCCAACUGGGCCUCCACCGGCGUACAAGCCGCCAGAUGUGAGACACUUGGUGGUCGCCAUUUUGAAAGCGGAUACCAAGCCCGCGCAAAAGCCCAUCGUGCAUACAGGUCCGGUCACCACGUCGGUGCAAGACUACAGCACAGGCUACGAAGGCAAGAAAUCCUACGGAGAUCAAGAUGGUUGGGAGACCUGGUCACCUGAUGAUUAUUGGGAGUCUGAAGACUGGGAUGCGCGGGUCGAGGACCCGAAAGAGGAGAGAAGAAAAGAGGAAAGAAGGCGACAGGUUGAAGCUGCUGCAGAAGAGUGGAGGCAGAAAAGGACACACAAGACAACUGGAGGAAAAGGCUCUUAUGGCAAAGGAAAUAGCAGUUAUGCUGGCUAUGCCAGCUAUGGCAAAGGCAUGCAGAAAGGAGGAAAAGACCUGGGCAAGGUUGGCAAAGGCAGCGCCAAAGGAAGCAAAGGAGGCAAAGCCUUCAAGACGAUGAAAGGCAAAGGAAAAGGCAAAUAUUAA